AUGGGCCUCCCGUACUCGAAGGAAAUCCAUGCGGCAUUCGAUCAGGUCACUCCACUUGUGGCUGCAGGCUUCGAAGUCCUCCAAACCACCAAAGACAUCGCCAUCUUGCUGGCGGUCAUUCAGGUCGUGACGGCCCUGUCGCUCAUCCUGAUCCUGCUGGCUCUGAUCGCUCUAUUAUUUACCGUUAAUCCGGACCUCGAAAAAGAGAGGGUCCAGCUGGUGACACCUUUUAUGCGAUGGCUUGCGAGCUGGGUCUACAAAUAUGGCAGACUCGCAAGUCACGUCCUCAGAAUCUUGUUUACGGUGGGAAUCAUUGUAUUUGCGUGGUCUAUCUGGCAUGGCUUAGCAACAGGGCAUAAGGACCCGACGUCAGAGGAAGAUGAGACCGAUGGGAAGGAGAAUGAAGAUGAAGAUAGUUCGAAAGAAACAGAAAAGGACGGAAAAGGGACAAAGGAGUCAACGAACGGGAAGGAUGGGGAAAAGGAGAAGUGA